CCUCAUGUUUCAGCUGGUGGACUGGAUCUUGCGAGGCACCUCUCAAGUGAUGUUUGUCAACAACCCUCUCAGUGGGCUCAUCAUUUUAGUGGGGCUUUUCAUCCAGAAGCCAUGGUGGCUGCUGACGGGCUGUGUUGGAACUGUCACAUCAACGUUAACUGCUCUGGCUCUCAGUCAGGAGAGAUCAGCCAUUGCAUCAGGGCUGCACGGCUAUAAUGGGAUCCUGGUGGGAGUGCUCAUGGCUGUCUACUCGGAUAAGGGAGAUUACUACUGGUGGCUUCUUACCCCUGUGGCAGUUAUAUCCAUGGCCUGUCCAGUCCUGUCCAGUGCUUUGGGAUCUAUUUUCAGUAGAUGGGACCUUCCUGUACUCACUCUGCCCUUCAAUACUGCGGUGACUUUGUACUUGGCAGCCACAGGACACUACAACCUUUUUUUUCCUACAACCCUCAUCAAGCCUGUAGCAUCGGUGCCCAAUAUCACCUGGUCUGCAAUCAAUGUGCCUCUGCUCUUGCAGUCCAUCCCAGUUGGUGUUGGUCAAGUGUACGGCUGUGAAAACCCCUGGACUGGAGGCAUCUUCCUUGUUGCUUUAUUCAUCUCUUCCCCACUUAUUUGCUUACAUGCUGCAAUUGGAUCUACAGUUGGAAUGCUUGCAGCACUGAGUAUUGCAGCACCAUUUGACAGCAUCUACCUUGGCUUACACAAUUACAAUUGCGCUCUCGCAUGCAUUGCAAUUGGAGGCAUGUUCUAUGCCCUGACUUGGCAGACUCAUUUGCUGGCCCUUUCUUGUGCACUGUUUUGUGCCUACUCUGGAGCAGCUCUUACUAAUGCACUAUCUGUGCUUGGACUACCACUCUGUACCUGGCCUUUUUGCUUCUCGGCGCUUCUCUUUUUGCUGUUAACCUCAGACAACCCGGACAUCUACAAAAUCCCCCUCUGCAAAGUCACCUACCCGGAAGCAAACAGGAUCUACUAUCUGAGAAUGAAGAGAAGAGCAUCAGAAAGCAGAAGAGAAGAGCAGAAGCGAAAGGAGCAGGAACCUUCUGGCGACUCAAGAAUAAGCACAGGUGGCACUCCCUUGUGCACCCCCAAAAACAGUCGCACAGGGAAGACGACAUUUGGAGAGGCUUUUGGCAAGAGACCAAGGACAGAACAAGAGGAAAGGUGGGGAAUUCAAGAGGGAACCUUCUUGACAUUUGUUUGGAGCUCACAAAGUGGGAGGAGAGACCAACUAAUUAGUGAUAUCAGAACAGGAGCCAUGCUAGCCUAUAUAAACUGGUGGGGCAUUUUCUUUUCUCCGCUCUUAUCCCUGCUUUCCUUAGUAGCCAGCAAAGAGACAGCUGUCCCCGAGGUCAUCCAAAAGGCUCAGAUCCUCACCAUGGAAAACAGCGUUGAUGUCAAGAUAGAAACCAGGGGGGAAAGAAAGCCAAAGAAGCAAAGUCAGUUAAGUAGAGGUGGAAAGAGAGUCUGCAGAGCUGUUGGGUACAUCACAGGAGACAUGAAGGAAUUUGGUGCCUGGCUGAAAGAUAAGCCCAUCAUGAUCCAGUUUGUUGACUGGGUGCUGCGUGGGAUCUCCCAGGUGAUGUUUGUCAAUAAUCCCCUCAGUGGUCUGAUCGUAGUUGCUGGUUUCCUGGUGCAGAACCCAUGGUGGACACUCACAGGCUGCUUAGGAACAGUUGUCUCAACCUUAACAGCACUUAUUCUGGGUCAAGACAGAUCGGCCAUAGCAGCAGGCUUGUAUGGCUAUAAUGGGGUCUUGGUGGGAUUGCUCAUAGCAGUCUUCUCUGCUAAGGGAGAUUACCAUUGGUGGCUUCUACUGCCGGUGGCACUGGUGUCAAUGACAUGCCCUGUUUUCACCAGCGCUUUAGGUUCAGUCUUCUCUAAGUGGGAUCUGCCUGUUUUCACCUUGCCUUUCAACUUGGCCUUGACCCUCUAUCUGGCUGCAUCAGGACCCCAUAACCUCUUCUUCCCUACAACCGUCAUUCAGCCUGCAACAUCAACACCAAACAUCACCUGGACAGACGCUGACAUGUCAAUGCUGCUGCAAUCCAUUCCAAUUGGGGUGGGCCAGGUUUAUGGCUGUGAUAAUCCCUGGACUGGGGGGAUUUUCCUGCUUGCUCUAUUUAUCUCAUCUCCACUCAUCUGCCUGCAUGCAGCAGUCGGAUCAGCAGUGGGGAUGUUGGCAGCACUGAGCUUAGCAACACCUUUUAGCACGAUCUACUCUGGUUUAUGGAGCUACAACAGCUCCCUCUCAUGCAUUGCCAUUGGGGGCAUGUUCUACGCAUUCACCUGGCAGACACAUUUGCUGGCAAUUGCCUGUGCACUCUUCAGUGCCUAUCUGGGAGCGACAAUGACGAAUAUGUUGUCUGUGUUCGGGGUGCCACCAGGAACCUGGUCUUUCUGUUUAUCCGCGCUGACCUUUCUGUUAAUGACCACAAACCACUCAGCCAUCUACAAGCUUCCGCUCUCCAAAGUCACCUAUCCAGAAGCCAAUCGAGCAUAUUAUCUGAAGAUGAAGAAACAUCACAUGUCUUGCUGUGACGUAUAAAGCCGGAAUAAGAGACAUCCCUCACAGAUUGUAAGGCAGGAGCACAAGGUUCCCUCCUAAAAAGAAUAAAUAAAUAAAUACAUACAUACAUACAUACAUACAUACAUAUUUUUGUGCUCUAAAGUAAAAAAAAAGACCAAAAACCCCAAAAGCCCCAUCAUCUUUGAACAGGGAGACUUUUUCCAUCACAAUUUUUUGUUCUGCCCUGAUUAGAUAGAAAAUUGCUGUGCUGGAAGGAUUUUCAUAAGACCAACCUGUCACAGUUUAGAAGCACAUAUGCCUGGAAAGACACUUGAGUUUUAAAAAGUGGGGAAGUGACUCAGAGGUGGCAAAGAAAAUUCUAUUUGUGAAAUCUGAGUCACUGUAAUCAGAUGUAAAGUAACGAAGAUCAGAGCAUAUCUCAGCUCUUUAUUAGGAGUACUAUUUAAAGGCUUAAAGACCAGCUUACUACAGCAAUAGGAUUCACCUUAGAGAGCUUCAUAGUGGCAGAGAACUGGAACAAAGAGUACCAUUUGCUAAGUAGGAAAUAGGAAAUGAAGAAAUCUUCCUGGAAAAUCUUCAAGCCCAGUGGAGAAAGCUGUGAAUUAAUAACCAUCACACAUGUGAUGGACACAGAUGAAUUGCAAGCAGCUUUGCUAAUACUCGCAAGUCUUGUCAUGAAAGUCAAAAUAAGGAGAAAGAAGGAAUUGCCUAUAAGCCCCAGAUUUGAGGUGUUCUAGUUUGUACUAGAUUACAACAGUUCGUGAAAAAAAUUGUUUCAAUCCUACCCUGUUGCACAGAAAAUUCAAGGCCAAGAAUGUAGAUGCCAGUAAAAAGAACGUUUUUCUAUAAUAAUAAAUACAAUGAUUUUAUGUUUAUAUCAGCAUUUCACUUAAUACUCAAACUUGGUUAUGGGUUAGCAAAGGAGGGGACAGCAGCAAAGCCACUGCUACCUCUUCUCUAUGAAAAAAGAAUGGCUCUGUUUAGCCCAACCCACAAGCAGAACUAACUUGACCUGAUUUUCUCAGCCUCUGAAUUGAUGUAAUCAACUUCAAGUAAUGAUGUCAUGCAAAGCAGUUAGGGGAAUAUGAGCAUUCAGUUUUACCUCAAGGCCUUUAUAAAAGGCAAUGGGAGUUACCCAACAUCAUAACUUCUACCAGCACACCGGAUCAUUCAUAAUGGGAUUGAUUAAUCAGACCUCCAAGAGAUGCACAGCUGGUACUGAACAUAGAUCUGUGGCAAUAAUUGGUAGCAAAGAUACCAGUUAGAGAAUACGGGCCAGAUACAUUUUCACCACAGAUAUUUUCCUCCAUGCUUAGAUCAUUCAGUUGGCAUUAGCCUAUGCACUUCAAUCAUAGAAUCAUAGAAUGCUUUGGGUUGGAAGGGACCUUAAAGUUCACCUGGAUCCAACUCCCCUGACAAAGGCAGAGUUGUCAACCACUGAUCAUAAUGUCACUCCUGUUCCUGUUGAGGCAGAGAUAAAAGAAAAGUAGCUUACAAUUCAUACUGCUGAUUUUUGAGCUUGGGAAAAAAAAAAAAUACCACCUUUUUAUGAGCACCAAAAAGACCCAAGAGAGAAGCGUUUGGGAUGAAUUGUUGGCAGCAUUUUCUGAUGAACCUUUGCAUUUUCAUGUAUUUUACAGUUUUUC